AUGUCGCCGCCAGUCCCUGCCUUCCUUGAGCCUGUUCCGGUUUCCAUCCGCUUGGCCCAGGCCGUGGGCAUCACCGCUUCAGCCUUCAUGUGCGGCCAAAGCGCCGCGGCCUCCUUCCUGCUGACUCCCAGCCUGCUUGAAGCCCCCGCCCCGCUUCUCGCACGCCAGUGGCUCAAAGCUCGUAACAUUUACAUGAAGAUCAAUCUGCCCUCUGUCGCCGGAUCCGUUGCUCUGUUUGGCUGGCUGGCUUCACGAGAACUCCCGGAUAGCAUGCCCCGCCAGCUAUAUACGGCCGCCGCUCUCCUCUACUUCGCCAAGAUCCCCUACAGCUUCCUCUUCCUGCACCCCACCGACAUGGCUCUGCAGGCCAAGGCAGCAUCUUUCGCUACUACAAGCACUGUGGACACUGCUGCUGAGGUCGGACUCGCGAAGGAGGAGACCACCCACGCUCUGGCUGACAAGUGGGCCACAAUCAACCUCGGCCGCGCUAUUCUCGGCUUCACUGGCGCUGCCUGCGCCGUUUGGGCCACGCUAGGUCGGGUUGAUGUCAUCAGGUACAGAUUGUAA